AUGUUGUUCGUUUGGAAGUCAUGUUGGUCGUCUCUUCACAAACGCAACUACUUGCCUGUGAAGUUGGGUUUCUCCAUUUUCUUGUUGGGUCUUGCUUUUAGACUUCUCUUCUCUCAAUCCUCCGGGUUCUCCGAGGUUUCAGAAGCCCCUUUUCUCGGGAAAAUAGUGAAGCCAAUAGCUCCACUCAAAGGAAAGUGUGAUCUUUUUUCUGGGGAUUGGAUCCCCAACCCGGCUGGUUCUGUUUACACUAAUGAGAGCUGCAAAUAUGUUUUCGACCACCAGAAUUGUAUGAAGAAUGGAAGGCCAGAUACAGGGUAUCUUUACUGGAGGUGGAACCCACGGCAUUGUGAGCUGCCUCAAAUCAAUCCAGAAAAAUUUCUUGAGAUGAUGAGGAAUAAAACAUGGGCGUUGAUUGGCGAUUCAAUAUCUCGAAACCAUGUCCAGUCAUUGCUUUGUGUCCUCUCAAAGAUGCCAUGCCACGAGGAGGUGGAACACGCUGUUGAAGUUUACGAUGACCAGGAAGGCAGAUCCAAAAGGUGGCACUUUUCUUCAUACAACUUCACUGUUUCAGUUAUUUGGUCCCCUUUUCUAGCUGAAGCUGCCAUUUUUGAAGACAUCAACGGUGUUUCAACACAUGAAGUUGAGCUGCAAAUUGACAAACUUGAUACGAAAUGGAGUGAACAAUAUCAGGGAUUCAAUUACAUUAUGUUCUCUAGCGGUAAAUGGUUUUUUAAAAGUACGAUCUACUAUAAGAACAACAAAAUACUGGGCUGCCAUUACUGUCCGGGAAAGAACCUGACAGAGCUUGGUUUUGAUUUUGCUUAUCGCAAAGUCCUCAGGGAUUUUUUCAACUUCAUUGUGACCUCCAAUCACAAGGGGAUGAUCUUUUAUAGGACCUCAACGCCAGAUCACUUUGAGAAUGGGAGCUGGUUUGACGGAGGGAAUUGUAAAAGGACAGAACCAGUAAAGGAAGGAGUGCUUGAGUUAAAUGAGAUGGUCAAAAUUAUUCGUGACAUCGAAUUAACUGCAUUUGAGGAGGCAGCAGCUAAAGCCUCUGAAACAGGGGUGAAUCUUAGACUUUUUGAUGUAAACCCUCUUUCAUUAUUGAGGCCUGAUGGACACCCUGGUGCAUAUCGACACUUCCACCCAUUUGCAAAGGAUAAGAAUGCAAAAAUUGUUAAUGACUGUCUGCAUUGGUGUUUGCCUGGUCCGAUAGAUUCCUGGAACGAUUUGCUCAUGGAAAUGGUGGUGAAUGGUAAGGAUGAUUAG